AUGUCCCUCUCCAAGCAUGCGAAGACAUACUUGGUGAAUUACUCGAAAUAUAAACACCUCAAUGCGUUCAACUCGUUCGUCGAACCGGCCGUCCUCACACGCAACGAUGCCACCAGAUCGAGUGUUGUCGGCGAACAAACCGCCUACAGCGUCACCGACAAGCCAAUCGCGAUAAAAGACAACAUCUGCACGAAGCAAUUGAAGACUACUGCCUCGUCUGGAAUCCUCAAAGACUUUACCAGCCCAUACGAUGCGACAGUGGUGAAGCUGCUCCAGGAUGAGGGUGCUGUGGUGGUUGGCAAGACGAACAUGGACGAAUUCGGCAUGGGAUCGCACUCGACACAUUCGCAUUUCGGACCGGUGAAGAUGCAGAGAUAUGACGGAGAGGAAGCAAGUGUUGGAGGAAGCUCAGGCGGAAGUGCGCUCGCUGUCGCGACUUCGCAAUGUUGGGCUGCACUAGGUACCGAUACUGGAGGCUCGGUACGGCUUCCUGCUGCGUACACGAGUGUCAUUGGAUUCAAGCCAAGCUACGGAUUGAUAUCGAGAUGGGGGGUGAUUGCUUAUGCCAACUCUCUUGAUACUGUUGGAAUAUUUGGUAGGAACGUUGCGGGUGUGAAGCAUAUUUUCGACAAGCUCAACAUCCACGAUGCGCGUGACCCGACUUCGGUUUCCAAUACCACCCGUGCGAAAUUCCGUGCAGAAAGCCGACCAACUUCACUGAGGAUAGGCGUCCCUCUCGAUUACAACAUUGACACACUGCAACCCGCUGUCCGGAAAGCCUGGCUCCUUCGACUCAGGCACUUGUGGGAUCGUGGUCAUACUUUGCAUCCUGUCCGGCUGCCAACAACACAGCAAGCGCUAUCAGCUUACUACGUCCUUGCACCAGCCGAGGCAUCUAGCAAUCUUGCAAAGUAUGAUGGAGUACGUUUCGGAAGUAGAGCACCAGGCAUCGAUGGAACACCAGACAGUGUCCUUUUUGCUAAGACUCGAGGUCAAGGUUUCGGUCCUGAAGUUCAGCGACGCAUAUUGCUUGGGGCUUUCUCACUCAGCGCUCAGGCCAUGGACAACUAUUUCAUACAAGCGCAAAAGGUUCGCAGACUUGUACAGCAAGACUUUAACCGAGUGUUUGCGUUACCAAACCCACUAUUCGAUUCCGAGGUACCUUUGUCAAAAACUGAGGGUGUGGACGUGAUUAUAUGCCCUACGGCACCAUCAACGGCGCCGUCAUUGGCUGAAGUCAAGACACAGGACCCGUUGCACUCUUAUAUGAACGAUGUCUUCACCGUUCCAGCUAGUCUUGCCGGACUACCAGCAAUCACGCUUCCGACAGCCGCACCCUACAACGAGGAAAAGUCAGAGAAUUCAAAAUCUCCUGACCCUUUCUUCAACACCAUAGGACUGCAAAUCAUUGGCCAGUAUGGAGACGACCAACUCGUUCUCGAUACUGCCAAAAUACUAGAGGAAAUCACAUCUACUCCGCAGAACCGUACCGGGCCUGAAGUGGAUGCGUGGGGCAGCGGGGCCAAGUCGGAUACAUAA